CACUUGAAAACUAGGUCAAUCAAAGUGUGGCGGCUCUCCUACUUCUGGAUGCGUGUGCAGCAGUCUACUGCAUGGGGACUACUGUGAUGGAACAGCUUCGCAGAGCAGAAAGAAUGGAAAUCAUUUCCUGAUAUGCGGUUGUCUCUGUGGAUCAGUAUACCACUACAACCCAUCAUCCCCAAGCCCACUGAUGCCAACGCAGCAAGUGACCGCGCAUUGCUCGCAGCGGCAAUAAGGACCAACACCUUAAUUAUCAGGCCGUGGUGACAUAGACGGUCACAGCACAGCAGUCACCGUUAAUUAUUCGCCGCAACAAUUAGGAUUUAAAUCGCUGUUGUUAUAUUUUUGGAUUUAUUUCACCGGCAGCUGCUGCGGUAACACCCCUCUUUGUAGAUCGCGUGCACUCCUUCUCCCUUCCUCUCAUCGGCUCUCCAUCCUUCCUUCCCGGAACGGCUGGGUGGACUGGUGGGGCUAUGGAGGAUGCAGGUGAGAUGAGGAAGACAUUCACGGUACCGGAGAUUAAACCGUUGAAUCAGUACGACUUCAACCGAGCCAAGGUGUGCGCCAGCGUCCGGUGGCUACUGGCGAAGUCAUACGGAUCCGCAGAGAAUGUCCCGGUGGAGCUGCGAGAGCCUCUGUACAGAGACAAGUAUGAGCAGGAGCACCUCAAGCCCUCUGUCUCCCAGCUACUCCUGUCCCCUGAGCUGUACUGUAGGACCCAGGCCCUGCUCCACGGGGUCUCCAAGCCCGCUCCUCAGGGGCCCCCAGGGGACAACUCCGCACUUCUGCAGCUCCUCACCAAGAGGGGCCUGGAGCCCAAGGACCAGGAUGUGGCCAUCACAGAGGAAGACCUCAGCCACACGCCCAUCAAGACGAGGGCCCACCUGGUCCUGAUUGACUCGCUGAUGUCACUGGCUGCCAUGGAGACGGUGGGCAAGGUUAAGAUGACUGCAGAGGCAGAGAAAAUGGGAGGCGGGGCUCCGUGGGAGAAUGCCCUCCUCUUCUGGGUUAACCGGUUGAAUCAGAAGUUGAGAGAGAGCACUGAGGAUGAGGAGGUCCCAACCUGCACAGACCCACAGCCUGUUCAACCAACAUGUCCCACCCGCUGGUACUGGAAACUGGUCCCACAUGCCAUCGCUUUUUGUUUGAAGGAGGAGUCUGGGAAUAAACCUCCAGUGAUCCGUUAUAGGAAGGAUAAGGUUCUGUCUAAGCAGACUCCUACUUUUCCUCUGGUGUCUGGUGUAAGGGAUCUGUCUAAUGGCUGUGCUAUAGCUGCUGUUCUGCACUACUACUGUCCUGACCUGCUGCCACUGGAGGAUGUGUGUCUGAAGGACACCAUGUCAGUAGCAGACAGUCUGUAUAACCUGCAGCUGAUCAGAGAGAUCAGUGAGACCAGUCUACAGAGGUGCUGUCACCUGGAGCUGGAGGACCUGCUCUACGCCCCGCCAACACUACACGUGAACAUCAUGAGCUUCAUAGCAGAGCUGCUGGGAUGGUUCGAGGUGCAUAAACCUGACUUUGUCAAGCCGUUACUACCUCUAGACCUGACAGAUGCCUCAGGGUUGUUGGACUGCACCAGUCCUGUCAGUGGGAACAGCAACAGUGGCUCUCCCUCCUAUAUCUUCAAACAGCCCUUUGUCCCCAUAUCCUCUCCUGCGUCAUCUGAAGGGAACAUGUGGACCAAGAAACAGAUCCGUCGUCCACUCUCGGCUGUGACCUUCAGUAUUCCAUUCGGUCUGGACAGUGACGUGGACGUUGUCAUGGGCAACCCCGUGCAUUCUGCCAGCACCAACAGCCUGACCGCCGGCGUGCCCGCCAUGAUGACUUCAUCGAGCAGGAUGUCAUCGGGGAUGACACGGGUCCCCUACAGCCCCCCCGAGGACCUCAGUCACCUGGUCAGCGCCUCUGUCCCUCAACGCUCCUCCUGGGGCCCGCACACACACUCACACACACCGGCCCUAGGGGAGCUGCCGACAGUCGAGAUCAUCCACACUCCUGGAGGAGAAAGAGGUGGAGGAGGGAAAAGAGGAGAGAAAGGAGAUGGAGGAGGAGGAGGAGGAGAAAGAAGGCCAGAGCCACGCUUGCGUCCAGAAGGAGCUCCUGCAGGUUUCUUCCUUCAUUCUCCUGAAUACGACCUGACCCAGCUCAGCAGCUCCGCCCCCUGCCGCUCCGGAAUGCUCUACCGACCAAUAGGAGGGGAGGGGGGCGGAGGAGAGAAGCGGAGAGUGGGAGGCAGGGAGAAGGGGGAGAAGGGGAGAUCGGAUGGCUCGCGGGACGAUGACUCGGUACUCCGCGACGGAAGUGUGGACUCAUCGGAAGCUUCCGACGACCUUCCUAGAAACACCCCCGGCAACGUCCGCCCUGGCCAUGGUCGUCACGGCAACGGCAGCAUCAGCAACACCGGGGGCAGCAGCAGCCCGCAGAUGACGAGCUUCGCCGAGCGGCGGGACAGAAGGAGACAGCCGGCCGCACCGGGAGAGGAGUCGGCCAGCACCCCGACCCCCACCACCCCCACCCUCCAUACCCCCACCCACACCACCCCCACCCUCCAUACCCCCACCCACACCACCCCUAGCCCAGGAGGGAAGCACCCUGAGCCGGGUACAGAGGCCUGGGAGCUGGGGGCCCGCCUGGAGGAGAAACGCAGAGCCAUCGAGGCCCAGAAGAGACGCAUAGAGGCCAUAUUCACCAGACACAGACAGAGGCUGGGCAAGACUGCCUUCCUACAGCUGAAGAGAGGAGAGGGAGGAGAGGGAGGAGAGGAGCCUAUAUCUCUGGAGGAGCGUCUCAGCCGCAUGGAGGAGCAGCUGAAAGAGGAGGAGGAGAGAGAAGAGGGAGAGGAGAAAGGGAAGGCAGACGAAGGGAACUCCCGCCCCCAGGCGCGAUUGGAGAAGCAGGUGAAAGAGGAGGAGGAGAGAGAAGAGGGAGAGGAGAAAGAUAAGGCAGAUGAAGGGAACUCCCGCCCCCAGGCGCGAUUGGAGAAGCAGGUGACGUUUUCCAUGGAUACGAGGAAGGGGGCUGAGAAAGGGGCGGAUAAAUGGGAGGGGCCUGAGCCGGGGGGAGGGGCUGUUCUAGGGGAGUAUAAUGAGGUGGUCCUGAAGCUGAGUGAGGCUCUGAGGUCACUACAGAACGACAUGCAGAAACUGACCCAACAACAACAACAGCUAAUGGGCAAGAAGACCACACCCAAACCCACACCUAAAACUACACCCAAAACCACACCUAAAACUACACCCAAAACCACACCUAAAACUACACCCAAAACUACACCUAAAAGUACACCCAGGACACCACCCAGGACCCCCACUAAGAGUCCGACUAGAACCCCGACCAAGAGCAUCAGUAAGGCGUGGGUGAUUCCUGCAGGCUCCAAACCCCCCACCUCCACUACCUCCCCCUCUCGCAGGGCCCUCCCCCAGCUUUCCUCCACCCCUCCCAAAACCCCCACCUCCACUACCUCCCCCUCUCGCAGGGCCCUCCCCCAGCUCUCCUCCAACCCUCCCAAAACCCCCAUCUCCUCCUCCUGCCCUGCCCCACGCACAAAGAUCCACUCCUCCUCCCCCCGUAGCCCUAAGCACCACCCGCGCCCCUCCCAACCCCACCCCCGCCCUUCUGAGUUGAAGUUCCCUCCUUCCACCCGUGUCCUCACCCCCCCGCAGCAUGUGGACUCCCUCCCACACCUGCGACGCGUCUCCCCCAGCCAGUGCCAGGUCCAGACCUCCUCCUCUUUCCGUAUCGGGGGCCCCUGCACCCCCCAGGAACCCCCUGCCGCCAUGCUGCCCCAGCCCGAGGAGAGUACCUCAGAGACGGGCUCCAGCGAGACGCAGUUCAGCCUGGAGCUGGAGGAGCAGGAGGGUUUAGGGGGAGGCCGGCCCGUGUUUCCCCAGCCCAGGAGAGGCCGUUCUGGGGGUGGCAGCAGCUCUGGAGCCCCCUCCGAGGGCUCCUUUGAGAGCGAGACCCUGUCGCUGUCGGCCGCUUACUGCGGAGGAGGGGAGGGAGGGAGAGGAGGAGGAGGGAAUCGUUACAGCCUGAUGGAGGUGUCAUUGUCAUCCCUGGGAGGGCCAGAGGGGGGCAGUGACGAGCCAACUGACACAGAAGGACAGGAGUUGUUCUCUGACUCCAUGAGCGACCACACAGAACCUCCAACAGGAGAAACGUUGGAACCCACGGGAGAACCGAGGGAAUCUACGGGGUAUCAAAUAGAACAGACACAGAACACAGAACUCCGAGAACCCUCAGUGGAACCCACAGAGCAGACGGAACCGGAGGCGAGAGGAGGGGUUGGAUUCUUCGUCAAGGAGGAGGUGCGUUGUGAAGAUGAGAUGGCUCAGAGGAGAGCUGCUCUGUUGGGGAGACAGCAGAAAAGAGCAGAGGACCUGAAGAGGAGGAGACAGUGGAACGAACAGGAGAGAGAGAGCAGACCCCCCUCUGAGGAGGAGGAGCGAAGAGGCUCUCUCCCACAGACCCCUCCCCUCCCCUGCACCCCUCCCCCCGCCGCCGGUGUCCCCUCCCUCACCCCCCCGACCACGCCCAGUCGCCGUGGUGAUUUCACGCGGAAGGAGUACGCCCACCGCCAGCAGAUACGCAUCAUGUCUGACCUGGAUAAGGUGCUGUGUCAGAAACACACCAAUCAGGGAAGAGUCGCCGCCAAGAAGUCCCGCCCCCGACCUCGGAGCAUGACCCGGGAGGAGUCACAGCUGUCCCGCAGCCCAGCCAAGAGCACUAUGGGUUCUAAGUUGACUAAGGUGUACUCUCACUCCUCUCUCAACCUGGCUGCUAUGGCUGACGACACCGUCCCUGACAACACCGUCCCUGACAACACCGUCCCUGACCACACCGUCCCUGACCACACCGUCCCUAACCACACCGUCCCUAACCCUAGCAAGAAACCAUCCAGCCGCCCUGAUUCGCCCUCACGUCUGAUGUCACCGAGCCGACUGGCCAAUCAGAACGGAGACAAGGACUGGGAGAUCGGCUCCAAUGGCUCCUCCCCUUCCAUUCCAGAAUACACCGGGCCCAAACUGUUCAAGGAGCCGAGCUUCAAGUCCAAUAAGUUCAUCAUCCACAACGCUCUGUCUCGCUGCUGUCUGGCUGGCAAGGUCAACGAGACUCAGAAGAACAAGAUGGUGGAGGAGAUGGAGAAGAGUCCAGCCAACCACUUCCUGAUUCUGUUCCGUGAUUCCAACUGUCAGUUCCGAGCCGUCUACACCAUGAGCCCCGAGACUGACGAGCUCAUCCGAUUGGCCGGGGUGGGCCCGCGUGUCGUAAGCCCCGCCCUGGUGGAGUCCAUCUAUAAGUACAGCUCCGACAGGAAACAGUUCAGCUGUAUCCCGUCCAAGACCAUGUCCAUGAGUGUCGACGCCUUCACCUUACCAGGACACCUGUGGCACAGCAAGAGGCCUGGCAAGCCAAAAUAACCAUGUAUAUACUGUAUAUACAUACACACCUGUGGCACAGCAAGAGACCUGGCAAGCCAAAAUAACCAUGUAUAUACUGUAUAUACAUACACACCUGUGGCACAGCAAGAGGCCUGGCAAGCCAAAAUAACCAUGUAUAUACUGUAUAUACAUACAUACAGGAAUGGAUACACACACACACAAACACACACAAACAACUGAAUUACUGUUUGUCCUGCAUGGGACACACUACCCCUCUCGCCCUUCUCAUCGGACCUACUGACUGUUGACGAGGUGCUUUCUCUCCCCUGUAUGUGCAUGGAAAUGGAACAGUCCAACUAUCCACCCUUAUGGAGAAGGCUCUAAGACUCGUCCACACGCGGGGGAUACUGAAGACCAGUUGUUGUUGUUGUAAAAAUGACCUUUUCAAUCUUAAAUGGUUACACUACACAGAAACAAACUCUACACAAAAAAAGUGCAUCUUUCUCUUUUUUUAGUUAAAACGUUCUCCUGGAAAUGUCUGAGGUACAAAAUGAUUGUUUCUCUGCUACCCAUAAACCCUUUGGCCUUAUGUUCUGUUCACUACUAGCUGAAAGGCUGGAGGCAUGCUGAUAGCCAUUGUGUAGGUUGACUAAAGUUUUCUGUUUUAUAACAUGAACACGAUCCUUCUAAUGCCUUCUGCCCAACGACUGGCAGGCACAGGACUUUUAUUAUCCUGCAAACCACUUCUGCCCAACGACUGGCAGGCACGGGACUUUUAUUAUCCUGCAAACCACUUCUGCCCAACGACUGGCAGGCACGGGACUUUUAUUAUCCUGCAAACCACUUCUGCCCAACGACUGGCAGGCACGGGACUUUUAUUAUCCUGCAAACCACUUCUGCCCAACGACUGGCAGGCACGGGACUUUUAUUAUCCUGCAAACCACUUCUGCCCAACGACUGGCAGGCACGGGACUUUUAUUAUCCUGCAAACCACUUCUGCCCAACGACUGGCAGGCACGGGACUUUUAUUAUCCUGCAAACCACUUCUGCCCAACGACUGGCAGGCACGGGACUUUUAUUAUCCUGCAAACCACUUCUGCCCAACGACUGGCAGGCACGGGACUUUUAUUAUCCUGCAAACCACUUCUGCCCAACGACUGGCAGGCACGGGACUUUUAUUAUCCUGCAAACCACUUCUGCCCAACGACUGGCAGGCACGGGACUUUUAUUAUCCUGCAAACCACUUCUGCCCAACGACUGGCAGGCACGGGACUUUUAUUAUCCUGCAAACCACUUCUGCCCAACGACUGGCAGGCACGGGACUUUUAUUAUCCUGCAAACCACUUCUGCCCAACGACUGGCAGGCACGGGACUUUUAUUAUCCUGCAAACCACUUCUGCCCAACGACUGGCAGGCACGGGACUUUUAUUAUCCUGCAAACCACUUCUGCCCAAUGACUGGCAGGCACAGGACUUUUAUUAUCCUGCAAACCACUUCUGCCCAACGACUGGCAGGCACGGGACUUUUAUUAUCCUGCAAACCACUUCUGCCCAACGACUGGCAGGCACGGGACUUUUAUUAUCCUGCAAACCACUUCUGCCCAACGACUGGCAGGCACGGGACUUUUAUUAUCCUGCCAACCACUUCUGCCCAACGACUGGCAGGCACGGGACUUUUAUUAUCCUGCCAACCACUUCUGCCCAACGACUGGCAGGCACGGGACUUUUAUUAUCCUGCCAACCACUUCUGCCCAACGACUGGCAGGCACAGGACUUUUAUUAUCCUGCAAACCACUUCUGCCCAACGACUGGCAGGCACGGGACUUUUAUUAUCCUGCAAACCACUUCUGCCCAACGACUGGCAGGCACGGGACUUUUAUUAUCCUGCCAACGCCUGGGUCAAAACAAGGAAUGGCAGACGUGUUGUUUAAUGUGAAUAGGAAAAAAGAACAGGAGAUGUGUGUUCACCAAAUAGCACAAAAUCAAAGAUUGUACAUAGCUGUGACGGACGGGCCAUCAUUAAGGCCUAGAUUCAAUCCGAUUCUGCACUAUAGCUCGACUGAAAUUUAAAAGCACCUGUUCCCGCAUUCGCCAAGACUGCAUUCUCGACAAACGCUGAAUACGUUGGCCAAAUCGGAAAUUACCUUGAAAUUUAAAUCACGCUAUAAGGCAGAUGUUCUGCGCUAUGGAUUGAAUCCCUAAUCUGCCAUAACUGAUUUGUACAAAGACGCUGCAGCAUGGACAUGUGGUCUCACAGUGCUUGACUUGGACAGGACCUCACCGGGACUGAGUACCGAACGGCACCUCUAAUGUUCUACUGCUUGACUUGGACAGGAGCUCACCGGGACUGAGUACCGAACGGCACCUCAAAUGUUCUACUGCUUGACUUGGACAGGACCUCACCGGGACUGAGUACCGAACGGCACCUCUAAUGUUCUACUGCUUGACUUGGACAUGAGCUCACCGGGACUGAGUACCGAACGGCACCUCUAAUGUUCUACUGCUUGACUUGGACAGGAGCUCACCGGGACUGAGUACCGAACGGCACCUCUAAUGUUCUACUGCUUGACUUGGACAGGACCUCACCGGGACUGAGUACCGAACGGCACCUCUAAUGUUCUACUGCUUGACUUGGACAGGAGCUCACCGGGACUGAGUACCGAACGGCACCUCAAAUGUUCUACUGCUUGACUUCCUGCACCUCUUACAGAAUAUUAUCUCUAAACCUUUGCAAAGUUCCUGCACCUAAAUAUAAACAGUACCGGUACUCAAAAUGAGUACUGGCACCUAUUUUAGUCCAAGUCAAGCACUGGUUGUUAUGGGUUGUCAGCCAAUAGAAAUGUAAAACCCUGACAGUUAAAGGUCAGGGGUCAGGGGUUAUGACCCACCCACGGUACAGUCGGGUUAAUAAAGUAGAUGU